AUGCAUUCCGCCCCUACAGCGUCGCUGGGUGGUGACCGGUCUGCCACCGACGUCAGCUCCGAGAAGCACGGCAGGCCCGAGAACGACAUCGGGCCCGGCAAGUUGGAAGUGGGUCCUGUGCCUCUGCCGAAGAGCGACGAGAUGGAAAAGUCGUCGGCCAAGGACAGUGACGCCGCCGCCGCCGACGCGAGCGACUUAGAGGUUGGCACCAACCAGACGGACUCGAUGCGAGACUCGAAGAGCAAGCGGGCGAAGUGGCUGAGGUUCUACCGGAAGUUCAGGCUUCCGAUCCAUGUCUUCGUGUGGAUGCUGUUCACAGCAUGGUGGAUUGUCGGUCUCGUCUUCCAACGCGACAGACUCGGCUGGCUGAAGCCAUUCCUGGUCUACCUCGCCAUCACCAUCCGGAUCGUCACCCUGUGGCUCCCCGCCUCGGCCGUCAUGGUGCCUCUGCGCUUCGUGUGGAAGUACACUGUCGCAAAGGUCUACGAUCUGACGCCCAAGAAGCUGCACCAGCCUCUUGCUGCGCUUCUCACCAUCGGAGUCUUUUUGGUAGGAUCGAUGAUCCCUGAAGAAGUCGGUGAGAACACCCGCGCCAGCCGUGCCAUUUCUCUGUUCGGCCUGCUGCUUAUGAUUGGCCUCCUCACUCUCACAUCCCGCGACUGGAGGAAGAUCCCAUGGCACACCGUCAUCGGAGGCAUGCUGACCCAGUUCAUCAUUGCCCUUCUGUACCACUGCGGGUUCUUGCAGUGGUUCAUCAAGAAGUUUGCCGUCUUCUUCUUUUGGUCCCUUCGCGUCUCAGGCGCGGAAGCAGUGGUGGCUACGGCUACCCCUUUCAUUGGACAAGGAGAGUCAGCGAUGCUGAUCAAGCCCUUCGUGCCUUAUCUCACCCUCUCCGAAAUCCAUCAGGUGAUGACCUGCGGCUUUGCUACUAUUGCGGGAUCGGUACUGGUCGGUUAUAUCGGCCUUGGCCUGGACGCCCAAGUCCUCGUCUCUUCAUGCGUCAUGUCGAUUCCGGCCAGUAUUGCGGUCUCGAAGCUGCGUUACCCUGAAACCGAGGAGAGCCUCACGAAGGGCAGCAUUACGGUCCCCGAGGACGAUGAGAAGGCGGCAAACGCCAUUCAUGCGUUUGCCAACGGAGCCUGGUUCGGUCUCAAGGUGGCUGGCAUGAUUGUGGCCACCCUCCUUUGCAUCAUCUCCUUCGUUGCGCUCAUCAACGGCGUGCUGGGAUGGUUCGGCAAGUUUUUGGGUAUUGAUAACCCGCCAUUGACACUGCAGCUCAUCCUCGGCUACGUAUUCUAUCCGGUUGCUUGGUGUCUUGGAGUCCCGAACAGGGACCUGCACGUUGUUGGCGAGCUUAUCGGCAUCAAGAUUAUCACGAACGAGUUCGUCGCCUUCAACUCACUCUCGAGCAACGUCGAGCCCUACGUUUCAAUGUCUCCUCGAUCCAAGCUCAUCGCCACGUACGCUUGCUGCGGUUUCGGCAAUAUCGGAUCUCUCGGCACUCAAAUCGGCGUGCUCUCACAGAUCGCCCCUGGCCGUGCGGGCGACGUCUCCCGCGUUGCACUCUCGGCUUUGUUUGCCGGCGUUCUGUCGACCCUGACAUCUGCUAGCGUUGCUGGUAUGCUGUACACUGGGUAA